GAUUGGCAGUUAUUGAUACACCUUAUUAAUUUAAAAUUUAGAUACACUCAAAAUCAAUUUUGCCUUUGUGAAAUGUAUUAGUUUCCUCAUUCUUCGUACCAUGUUAAUACAUGCAUAAAGAACAAAGCUGUCAUGGACGAAGGCGUACGUACUCUAUGGUGUGGGAAUUUGAGCGAGAAAGUAACAGAGGAAAUUUUGUAUGAAUUAUUCUUGCAGGGUGGUCCGGUGCAAAGAGUUUUCAUUCCUAAAGAUCGCGAUGGAAAGCAGAGAACGUUUGGAUUUAUAACUUAUAAACAUAUUAAUUCUGUAACAUACGCUUUGAACCUUUUUGAUGGCACGAAACUGUUCAAUCGUGCUAUUUGCAUGAGCCCAAGGAAUAACGUAGACUCACCACAAAAAGCAAACACACAGGAUCAAUAUCUUAAUUGCAAUCAUUUACUUCAGUCAGGCCAACAAAUGUUGCUAAGAAACGGUUUUCCUCGUAUACAACUUGAAAUGUUUGGAACAAAUAUGUUGCCAAAUUCUGGUCCUCAUUCUAAGCAAAUAGAUAGUCAUGCUUAUCAUGACAAUAGAAGACCCUCGAAAGUACAUCCUUAUCGAAGAGAGCAAAGUAAAAGUAAUCAACGCAAGGAUCAUAGAUCUAGAAAUACUCAUAACAAUCACAGAUCAAAUGAUUAUACUAGAAGAGAUUAUAGUAGUAGUAGUAGACGCAAUUAUCGUUAAUGUCUUGAAAUAUAUAAAACCAGUGGAGUAUAUAUUAUUUUCUAUCAUUAUAAACAAUUUCAAGUAAUUUGAAAGCUCACAUUCAAAGCA